GACUUUUAUUUUGGAAAGGAAAAAACUAAAGGAAACAGUCAUUAGAGAAGCUUCUUCACCCGGUUGUUGGGAAAGUUCGCAGUGGAUUUGUGCUUCCUAAAGUCCAGCAGUGGAGUUUGUCCUGACAGUGUCCAAAGUGGUUAAGAAGAUAAACAUCAUGACCUGCUAGCGACACACAGAACAACAUGGACAGGCAAUAACAAAGAGUUACACCAGGGGAGGAGAGUUGGCCGUUAUGACAAGCUCAUGAUGACCACCCUUUCUGCGACUGAUAUUGCUGAUGUUGGUCAUGGGGCAAAUUUGGGGUGUGUCACUGAGGAAGGCUCAGUGAGUGCAGCAGAAGUGAAACAUGAAUUACACACUUCUCCCAGUCAACCCGUUUCAUUCACCAGUUCUCCCAAAGAGCUGAGCGACACGCUGCACAUGGACCCUAGCGACGUUAAACUGGAUCCCUCUGCAGACACACCUGCACCAGAGGGCCAGCCAGUGAAGAGGAAGAAAGGUCCAGCUCCCAAGAUGUUGGGGAAUGAGGUGUGUAGUGUGUGUGGAGACAAGGCCUCCGGUUUCCACUACAAUGUAUUGAGCUGUGAGGGCUGCAAGGGCUUCUUCAGGCGAAGCGUGAUCAAAGGAGCACAGUAUGUCUGCAAGAACUCGGGCCGCUGUGAGAUGGACAUGUACAUGCGCCGAAAAUGUCAGCAGUGUCGGCUGCGCAAGUGUCGGGAGGCGGGCAUGCUUGAGCAGUGUGUGCUUUCAGAGGAGCAGAUUCGGUUGAAGAAAAUGAAGAAGCAGCAUGAGGAAGAGGCAGCUCGUAGCUCGGGCGUGGCUGCACCGAGCCCAGCGGCUGACAUUCCCCCUUUGGCUCCAGAACAGCAGGAAAUGAUUGAGAAGUUAGUCGCCAUGCAGAAACAGUGCAAUAAACGCUCCUUCAUCGACCGGCGCAAAGUCACUCCAUGGCCACAGAGUCAGGACCCGAUGAACCGGGAGGUGCGGCAGCAGCGCUUUGCUCACUUCACCGAGCUGGCAAUCAUGUCGGUGCAGGAGAUAGUGGACUUUGCUAAACAGCUGCCUGGUUUCCUGGAGCUCACCCGUGAGGACCAGAUUGCCCUGCUCAAGACCUCCACCAUUGAGAUCAUGCUGCUAGAGACGUCUCGCCGCUACAAUCCAGCGAUCGAGAGCAUCACUUUCCUCACGCCAGACUUCAGCUACAACAAGGAUGACUUUGCCAAAGCAGAGCAGUUUACAACCUGCCCAUGUCCUAAAAUGACCUCUCCUCCACCUGGCUUCUCUGCAGGACUGCAGAUUGAGUUCAUUAACCCCAUCUUCGAGUUCUCUAAGGGCAUGAAUGACUUGCACCUGGAUGAGGCAGAGUAUGCACUGCUUAUCGCUAUAAACAUCUUUUCAGCAGACCGACCUAACGUGCAGGAUCAUGAUUUGGUGGAGAAGCUCCAACAGCCAUAUGUAGAUGCUCUGCAUUCAUACAUCAGGAUCAAGAGACCAAAUGAUCACCUGAUGUUCCCGCGUAUGCUGAUGAAGCUGGUCAGCCUGCGCACACUGAGUAGUGUUCACUCUGAGCAGGUCUUCGCUCUACGACUGCAGGACAAGAAACUUCCGCCUCUUCUGUCUGAAAUCUGGGAUGUCCACGAAUGAAAGUUAACUACAAAUGGCCAGCCCUAAGGACAUAGUCAUGCAGAGUUUUAUGGCUGAACGGUGCAGGAUCAUACUGUCCUUCAGUCCCACUAACUGCCCUGGCUUUGAGGAGCUUGUUUUAUCUUCCUCUGGACUUAUGAUUGUAUUCUCCUGUGCAGGAUACAGCGGUUUGUGGUUGGCCUUCUCCAGAGUCAGCACUCUGUCGACUGUCUAGACCAUCCAGAAAUGUUGAGGGACUGUUUAUAGACAUUUUGGAUCCAGAUUCUUGCUUACUGGAAUGAAUGACUGUACAUUUAAGGCAAUUGAUUAUAUUUCUUUUUACAAUACCUAUUCCACUGGGAAUACUUGCAGCCCAUUUGAGCUCAAAUCCAGAGGGAUGCCUUCGAGAAGGAGAUGAAUGCAGUAAAUUAGUUAGCUAGCAGAAAGUUUGGCUCUAUACUGUAUGGGCAUUAUUUCUCCCUGCGCUUUGGGGCCAAAAACUUGUCAUUUCACACAUUGUCAUGGAGCAGUGCUCCUACAAAUGACCUGUUUGAGGAUAAUUUGAGAAAUAAUUGAUUAGCCUCUCUCAUACGUCACCAUUUUUGCUUUGAUAUGAGCUCAUUUUUAUGCCUUUUCAGGGACAGUGCAGGAGUAAAGUGGGAUAUCUGCUGAUUUAUUCCAGAGCAUCAGUCACAUAGUCUGAAAGCUAUAUAUAAGGAAUUUAUAGUUUGUGUAAUGUGAAAGAGGCAUAAUGGAAUUUUUCAUAUAGCUAAUAUGUCAGGAUUCUGAAUUGAGUGAGUGGUGGGGAAUGACACAAAGCUUCUCAAUUGGCUUAAUGAAGUCCUACGUUUUGCUAUUCCUUUAUUAAUUUCCAGAAGGAGUGGGCAUGGCUAUGUUAAGGCUAUAUACAAUCUCGUGUUCACUGUCUAGAAGCAAUGGGAUGGUGAUGGUGAACAGAAUGCAAUCUUUGAUUCAUCUAAAAAUAAAAAAAUCCAGCACAUUACUUACAGGGAUUGGCAGGUGUCAGUUGACCUGCCAACAUAAACCAGUAUGCUGCUUACAAAAACUACUGUAAAGUUGGGUUGAGAAAUUUCAUGUGUAUAAUCUAUAACAUUGAACAUAGAUAUGGGUUUAUAACUUUGUUUUAUGUCAACCAUUGUCAUUUAGUAACUGCUAGUAACAGUUUAUUACACAGUAAA